CCGAGCGGUGACCAAGACUCUCAUUAUUGCUGUGUCCAAGCCUCCCGGCCCUCCCAGGUUCCAGGGCGAUCUGACGAGAGAGCUCCUUGCUGGCGACACACUUGACCUCACCUGCCUCAGCGAAGGAGGUCAACCUCCACCUACAAUAAGGAUAUACAAGGGGAAGGAGGAGCUCCCGACGGAGGCGCGGAAGGAGGAGAACGUGACCCUUGGCAUCGCGAAGCUGCUGCUGACGCCCGCUGACAACGGUGCUGACGUCUCCUGUUGGGUCAGCAGUACCGUCAGUAGUAGCAGGAGAAAGCCUCUCACUACUGAUGCCAGCGCUCACUGUUAAAUUCCCGCCGUGGGAGGUCAACGGAUGGGUGUCGCCGCCUUCAGUGGAAGAGGGAAAGAUGCUCACCCUCUCCUGCCUCUCCUCGCCGAGCCUGCCGCCCUCCAAUGUCACGUGGAAGUCUCGAUGGGUCACCCUUGAGGACCCCCAGAUCAUCCACAGCCCGGCAGCCUUCAGGGGAUUCACUACAAAGUCCGAGGUGGUGGUGGUACGGGCGGCGGCAAGGCACAACGGGCGACCAGUGGUGUGCGAGGCCACCAACGGGCUGGCCUCCCCUGUCUCCACCUCCCUCACGCUCCACGUCCUGCAUGCGCCGCUGUGGGUCACUAAGCCACCGACGAGGAUCAACGUGACGGAGGGAAGUGACUUACUGGUGAAGGCUGUCGCUCUGGCCAACCCGGGGCCCGUCAGGUACCGCUGGCGCCACGAGAGGAUGACGCUGCAGGCCACGGGGGAAAUGCUGCAAAUGUCAAGCGUCAAUAGAACACAACUGGGCCACUACAGCGUCACCGCCUACAGUAAGAGAGGGGCAGCGAACGCCUCCUUCUACCUUGACGUCCAGUACGGCCCCGAGGAGGUGUCAGCGCUGGGGCGGCGGGAGGUGAAGCAGGGCGAGGAGGUGCGACUCAAGUGUUCCUCCCGCGGCAACCCUUCCCCCCACCUCACCUGGACCAAGGACGCCAGUCCCCCGCCGCCCAGGCAGGCAGGCGGGCUGGGCUCCGGCGUGGGCGUGGCCUGGAUGGUCGUCGAGGCGGCCUCCGUGAGGGACACCGGGGUGUAUUUUUGCCACUCCCGCAGCCCGCUUGGUUCCGCCCCGCCCGUGGCCUCCCGCCUGGUGGUUCAGCAGGCAGUUAAAGUAGCGAAAGACAUGAACAGAUUCCACGCGUCGUGGGCGGAAGUUGGUGGCACAGGACGGCUAGUGUGCCGGGUGCGGGCUGCCCCGCCGCCCACGUUUGUGUGGAGCAGCUCAAGUGAUUUCAUUCUCCUCAACAGCGACAAGUACACCAUCCACGAGCCGCAGCUGACAGACGGCCUAGUCACAUGGGCAUCUGUGCUGGAGAUCACAAGGAUUCGCCACCAGGACUACACCAGCUACCGCUGUUCUUCCCGUAACGCCCUUGGUUCAGAUUCCGUCCUGGUGCACCUCAGGCCGCCCAGUCGCCCUCUGCAGCCUCUUCAUUUAGCAGUAACCAACGUGACAGGUGAGGAAGUGUGGCUCACCUGGACCCCAAACCUGGAGGGUGGUGCCCCGCGGGCCUACACAGUCAGAUACCGACCCGUGAACGAGUCAUCCUACCAGCACCUGGAGGUGGCGGGGGGCAUGACCUCCGUGGCACGCAUUGGGGGGCUGAACCCAGGGCGCCAGUACACUGUGGGCGUGCAGGCCGUCAGCCCGCACGGCCGCUCCCACUUUGUGAGCCGCGCCGUGCUCACCUGGCCAGGUCGAGACACCGAGCCUCCCACCAGCUUCCAGGGACUUGCGGGCGGCAGCGCGGCGGUGGCGGGGGGCAGGGGCGGUGCAGGCGGCGUGGACGGAGGGGGGCAAGGGGGCUCCACCCCCUCCAGGCUGCCGCGGUUCAUGCUUCUGCUCCUCACACUGACGGGGGCCGCACUCCUGCUCCUCAAUCUCUCCAUCAUCACCUGUUUCGUUAGGCGACGAGCUGCAGCUGCUGCCGCUGCGGCUGCUGAUGCUGCAGCUGCAGCUUCAGCGGCCACGUCCUCCAAGAGCACCUCAGUGAGCAUCUUCCGGGUUAGUGCUACCUCCAGUCCGGCCCACCACUCCAGCGAGGUCUUCCUCUCCCUACACUCCCUGCCAACGCCGUCUCCUGCAGAGGGUCAGGAAAACGCAGCCACCACGGAGCACUUAACGACGGAGCCGGACAAGCACGAUGUGAGGCCAGCGUCCUCGCCCUCAUCACCCACCAUACAGGUUGCUGAGAGCGGCAUCUUCUUUCCAUCAGAGCCUGACGUGUGUUCCCAGAGUUCAAGUGUUUAUGACAACGUGAUGAGUCUCGAGAAUUUCAGACAAGGACCCUCGGGCCUCAACAGCAGACAUCUUUCAGUUCUGUUCGAAAUGGUGGCUCCUUUGACCACCAAGAUCUCCGUCCACUGCCAGCUGAAGGACACACUGACCAGGCGCCGCAGUUGGUUCAAGACGCCCUACAGUCUCUUCCUCGCCAGCCAAAUAUCCAGCAGCAGCAGCAGCAGCAGCAGCAGCAGGAACAGCAACAACAACAGCAGCAGCAGCAACAACAACAGCAGCAGCAACAGCAGCAACAACAGCAACAACAGCAGCAACUACAACCACAACAACAACAACAACAACAACAACAACAACAACAACAACAACAACAACAACAACAGCAGCAGCAGCAGCAGCAGCAGCAGCAGCAGUAUCUACAGCAGGCACAAGAUCUUUACCCAGUCUUCCAGUCGCAGCACAAGCUUCCUCCAAAGCCUUUUAAGAUCCACUCCCUCGCGCAGCCACAGCAGCAGCACGCUUAUCACCAGCUCCCCCCGCAGCAUGCAUUCCAGGCAUCAAUUCCACAACAUAGUCAGUCGAAUCAACUGGAGCCAAACCAGUCUGUCCAUCACUCACCGGACCAACACAGAGUAGUUUCGUCCUCCCCUCAACAUAUCACCUUUUCGCAACAGUCGCCAUAUCACCAAUCACGCCACAGCUCGCCUCUCCCGCUUCUCGAGGGCCAGCAGCAGGAGCCACAGCAAGGGGCAGACAUAUAUCAAGAUCCUGGUGCGU